AUGUCACGAGCGGGAACAUGGCUCAAAAUGCUGGGAGUUGGCGUCGUAAUUUGCGUCGGUGGCCCCGUGCUCGUCGAGAAACUCCGCCCAACAGAUGAAGAGCUCUUCAAGCGCUACAACCCGGACCUGCAGAAGCGCAGUCUGGAGGAGGGCGACCGACGCUCGCGCGAAUUCGAUGAAUACGUCGGCCGGUUGAAGGAGUGGUCAAAAUCUGAUAAGUCGAGUGCGUCCUUGUUCUUCGACUAA